AUGGCCCCCAGAGAGAAGAUCUCCCCUAGAAACUGGCUGAUCUUUGCGACACUCUGUUUCGGUGCCAUCGCGGGAGCGAUGUCCAAUGGUAUUAUCAGCACGACGCUGGGCCAGCCAUCUUUUCUCGAAUACUUCGGCUUCCUCAACCUCACGGGGACAGAUACUAGCCUCAUUGGAGCCACUCUCGGGGUCUUUUAUGCCGGUUGUCUAUUUGGUCUUCACUGCCAGGACUACAUGUCGUACAAAUAUGGCCGUCGGAUGUCGCUCGUCGUUGCGUCAGCUACGUCAAUUGUGUCUGGGGGCUUGAUCGCGGGAAGUGUGCAUAUUGCAAUGUUUCUGGUUUUCAGGUUCUUCGCAGGGUUUGGAGCCUCGAUGUUUGUUGCCACAACACCUCUGCUCAUGUCGGAACUGUCAGCACCUCGUCACCGAGGACUAAUGGUCGGUAUGUUUGGCGUGGGAUUGUCAUUUGGCUAUUCUGUUGCCUCGUGGUUCGGGGUAGCUUUCUACUUUCUCCCUGCCUCUGGUGCCCAAUGGCGAAUUCCCUACGCUUUGACAACCGUCCCGUCCAUCCUGACACUUACUCUUCUUCCUUGGAUCCCGGAGUCUCCAAGAUGGCUUAUUAUGGUUGAUCGCCUUGAUGAAGCGUCACGGAUCAUUCGCAGCCUCCACGGAAGCGGCCGAGACCCGCAGCUGGAUUCUUUCGCCAAUGCCGAAUUCGAGCAGAUGAAGACUCAAAUUGCUUUUGAACGCCAGAAUAAGGUCACUUGGCUUCAGUUUUUGACUUCCAAGCGCUAUAGAAGCAGAGUAUGGACAGCUGCUUUGACAUUUAUGGCCAGUCAGUCCGCCGGCAUUCUCGUGGUCAUUAACUACAGCACCGCAAUCACCAAGAACCUUGGAUUUGGACCAGCCGCGCAGCUGUCUAUCACAUCCGCCUAUCUCUCCUCCGGCCUCGUGGCCGUCUGCAUCGGCGCUCUCAUUGUCGAUCGUCUCGGAAGACUGAAAUCCAUUAUUAUUGGCACUUUGCUUCAGGUCACAGUUCUUGCCUGCCUCACAGGUAUCAUUGCGAAAUAUGCCGGAAGCUCCAACAAAGCCGCCAACUCAGCGGCCAUUGCACUCUUUUUCCUCUACUUUCUUGGCGCGCUGUAUGCGUUCGAGACUGUUGGCUGGAGGUACUACUUGGUCUUUCUUCUUGUCCCCCUGGUAGUUGUCGCGGCGCUGGCAGUCCUAGGCAAGGAAACAAAGGGGAAAACACUGGAGGAAAUUGGCGCACUUUUUGGGGAUGAGCUUGUCGUCAGAACUCUUGAUGAUCAGCUAGAGACUAACAAGGUUGUUGACACCGAAAGUGUUCACGUCGAGAAGGUCAGUCCAAAAGUCUUGGAACAGGAUCAGGUGGCCAAGACAUGCUAG